ACAAAGUGCCACCCCUGCAACCACUCAAACUCAACCCUGCUGUGGAGGAACGUCAUCUGCACACUGCCGUUAAAAGUUGUGAACCCGCCAUUGAUUUUGACAUACCACACUCGCAUCUGUCACUCGCAAGCAAUACGCGUCCAAACCUCUCACGUCCACUCUACUGCGCUUAGCUUUCAGCAUCCAGCAUUCAACCGACUUCAGUUACUCGAGCAUAAACCACACAGAAGAAGAAAAUGUCUUCCACAAUUCUCGGCGAGAGGGACAUUAAUGCGCCCAUUGAGCAGCAGCCCGUUGUUGCUGGCGAAAACGUGAAGAACAUGGAGUAUCACCGUCAAAUGUUCCAGUCAAAGAUGGCAGAGCCCUCGCAGCAAUAUGUAUCUCCUUCGGACAACAUCAUGAGCCCUUGCUCUUCCAAGAUCAACGCACUGCGCAACAAGCACAUCGCCAAAGCCAAGCCCCGUUCACUCUUCGCACAAGCAAGCAAGAAGAGGCUACAAAGCGAAGGCAGCGCCCUCGGUGCACCUCCGUCUAAGCCAUGAUCGGCCAUAUCCAGCAGGCUCUGGCUUUCAACAAUUGUAUUACUGCGUCGUGUCUCGGCUUCCUUCCUCACAAUAUGUAUUUGGGCAUUUGGCGUCGGCGCACCAGAUGAAUGAGUUUUCCAACUGGGCGUAUAGGGUUGUUUGCACAGGUUUAACACCCCACAACAUGACAUGAUGUGGUGGGACUUGGGGGUUUUACAUUCAGUC